GCUGACGUCCGGCCUGCAGUAGGCCGCACGUGUCAGGCCCCUGGAGGGACAGACAGGCGGACAGUCAGACCGACAGACAAACAGUCAGGCGGACAGUCAGUCAGUCAGUCAGUCAGUCAGUCAGUCAGUCAGUCAGUCAGUCUCCCUCCCUCCCUCCUCCGGCCAUGAUCCUGACCAAAGCCCAGUACGUGGCCAUGGUUCGGGCCAUGGGCGCCCUGCCCCCCACCAGGCAGACCCUGCGCAAGCUGAAGGACAUGUUCCCCAGGCAAUCCGAGUCCACCGUGCAGAGUAUCUUCUCCCAGGAGUACCAGAAACACAUCAAGAGAACCCACCCGAGGCACCAGACCGCCGAGGCCGUGCAGAGCUACUACGACAGGUACCUGCGUGGGGUGAGAGAGAACAGCUCAGCACCUGUGCUCCUGGAACUGGCCAAUGAGGUGGACUUCUCGCCGGCGCUGAUGGCGCGGAUAAUCCUUGAGAAUUUUUUACGAGAGAAGGAAGGGCUUCCGCCCUCCAAGACCAUCAUAAAUACCCUGCUCCGAGAUCCGUCGCAGAUCCCUGACGCCGUCCUGGGGAAUCAAGUGUACCAGUGCAUUGUGAAUGACUGCUGCUACGGGCCACUGGCGAACUCCAUCAAGCACGCCAUUGGCUACGAACAUGAGGUUCUGCUCCGAGGCAUGCUCCGGGAGAGGAAUCUGGCCUUUUUAGACGAGGACCAGCUGCGAGCCGAGGGCUAUGACAAAACGCCGGACUUUAUCUUGGAGGUGCCGAUCGCGGUGGAGGGUCACGUGGUCCACUGGAUUGAAAGCAAAGCCUCAUUUGGUGAUGAAUGCAGCCACCAGGUCUACCUGCAUGACCAGUUCUGGAGCUACUGGAAUAGGUUCGGACCGGGACUGGUGAUCUACUGGUACGGCUUCGUCCGGGAACUGGACUGCACGCGGGGUCGCGGAAUCCUGCUCCAGGACCAUUUCCCCUCUGACAUCACCACGCUGCACUCCGAGGCCCGGCCCCGGGACCCCUCCCCGUCGGGCAGCCCCACGGGACCCUGCUCCGAAACCACUUCUCUUCCGACAUCGUGACGCUGCGUCCAGCCCCCGGCCCUGCAGAGGUGGCGACUGGCACCCCUUCCCCACCUUGGCCUGCCGAACCCAGCAGUGGGCCCACCGGGACCCCGCAGCCCAGGCCUCUGGCUCCCGCCCCUCUGCUACCUCCGCCGGAAUCAUUGGGAUGUACUGUGGAGACGGGCUCCUGACUCCCCCUCCUUCCCUGAUUCCCUCUGCUGCUCCUCCUCUCAUCCUCCCUGUCUCCCUCUUCUCUCUCCAACACAGGAGUGUUUGAGGAGUGUAUGUGUGGGAAAUGGGGCCAACUCCUCAGAGGCCUGGCCUGCCCCGACCCCCACGUCCUGCCAACCCCUGCGUCCUGCCAAGCCCCACGCCCUGCUGGCCCCGGGCCCCGCGGCCACAGCUGAAUUUCCUGGGACUUUUCCUUUCAGAGAAAUACAGGAAUGUGCCACAAAACAUUUCAGAAUUCCUCCUUUUUUCUAUAAAAUGCAAACG